UGGUUUCACUUGCAUGCAUAAGUGAAGCAAUAUGUCUACCUGCUACUGUUUCAAGGGAUCGUCUGGUGAUCCUGCUUAUGAACCAAAAGGUUCUCUAUCGGCCCUUGCUGGGCUGCCUAUAUACAGAUCGAUUCCUCCGAACAAGGAUACGAACUCCCAUCGAGAUGUUAUCCUUUACCUCCCGGACGGAUUUGGUCUGGCUAAACAUAAUCAGAGACUUGCUGAUAAAUAUGCUGAGUGUGGCUAUGAGACAGUAGUCGUGGACUAUUUCGAAGGCGACGCGCUGCCCGACACGUUUAUGUUAUACACGCCAGGUACAGACCUCGAUGCAUAUGACAAUCUAUCUUCAGAACAAAAGGAGGCUAUUCGCAAGAUUGACAUGCCAAGUUGGUUAGAGCGACACAACCCGGAACACAUAUCAUCGCUUGUAGACAAAUUCUUUCCGGACUUAUGCAACACUCUUACGAGAGACAAGCAAGGAACUAAACCAAGAAUCCAUAUACUUGGUCACUGCUUUGGUGGCAAGCAUGCCUUCAAGCUGGCGCAGCUUAAUCAGGACAACAUCGGAUCUAUACUCGUCUUCCAUCCAUCAUUCCUCGAGCCUGCUGAUAUCAAGAAUCUCAAAAAGCCUAUUCUAGUAGGCUGCGCGGAGACAGACGUGUUUACUCCAGACCUAAUCCAGACGAUGUUGAAUCACCUCCCGAAAUGUGGAGCAGCGUGGAAAUUCCUCAUUUACGGAGGAACACAACACGGGUUCGCGACUAGACCGGACUUGGGAAACGAAUUGACGGCCAAAAUAUUCCAAGAGGCAUUUGAUGAUGGGCUGCGGUGGCUUCGAGCAAACUGAUCUGAGUUAAUGGACUAUUUAUUGAAGUUGAUUGGGAGUGUAUGUCCGGAGAUGUUCUAACGGCCUCAUGCUAUCAGGAAAAGGGGGCAUCGGACUUAACAUGCGGACUUGAACAUAAUGCAUUCUUCUCUUGUCUUUCUUAUCGGGUACCUUGAGGUAUCAUUGACAACAUUGCUCGAUGAAUCCUGCCAGGAUAGCUACUACGUAAUGCUACGUAGGUAUAGAACGGCUCUUUUAAUUUGCUACGCAGACGACUGAUGUCCGCAUGAGUGGACCCUGUGGAUCUAUCUCCGGCUCCUCGCCCCUUUCCGAUGGGGUUCCGAGCCUCCGGGCACGCUCUUCAAGUUCAGCGUCGAUAUAUUGGUAAGCGUAGAACAUUGUGGGAAUCGCCUCGGUCGCGUUAGCACUUCACAAGUGCCUCAUCCAAUAUUAGAGGAUCUCGGACGGAUCGCGAACUGAUGGUGAAAAUGGUUGCUCGAAUAGAAGGCAGGGUUCGCAUAGAUCUGCAUCCGACAGGGCAUUACAUCUUUCGUUUACCA